CUUCGUACCCAUCUUUCCCGCUCAAUCCACCAAUCCAAGGCUACAUCCAUGGAACGGGAGUUCACAGCCAAAGUACCCUCGAACAUGGACAGCGAAAGCGAUGGCGAUUUAGCUAUCAUCACUAGGGAAGAUGUAAAAACUUACAACCCCGACAAUGUUCUGCCCGAAUCACCCAGCGUCAUCGAUCGCAUUCGACAGUGGCUUGAGCCGACGCCAUACCAUCACGAAGGCGGCGAGUUCCGUAAACAUCUCGCUUCUCAUGUCGCAGGGACUAGCCAAUGGCUCACAGGAACAGAGACUUAUCAGAAGUGGCACACUGGUCUAGACCAUGGCCUGCUAUGGAUUAAGGGCGCUCCUGGCGCCGGAAAGAGCGUCCUUGUUGCGAGCCUCGCGAAAAUGCUUGCUAGGGAGGGGUGUCCUGUUCUUUUCUUUUUCUUCCGACAGAUCAUCGACGCGAACCACAAACCGAUCCAGAUGCUACGGGACUGGCUCGACCAAAUCCUCGAGUCCAGCCCCCCACUGCAGAGGGACCUCAAGGCCUACACUGAUGAGGAGCGUCCUGAUCUCAAUCGCGCGCUCGAGAGUCUCGGCGCCGACGAUCUUUGGAGACACUUGGAAACAGCAUUGGCCCACAUGCCUCGGGUAUACUUGGUUGCGGACGCCUUGGACGAGAUGGACCCGCGUAACGACCAGUGCCUGAAAGCCUUGGGGCGACUGGGGACAUGGAGACCCGGACAGGUAAAGGUCGUCGUCACGAGCCGCCCUGUAGCUACCGUCGAGACAGCUCUCCGCGAAUUUCCGGCCUUUCAAAUUCGGCUAGAGGGGCCACUCGUUGACACUGACAUUGCAACGUUUGUCGAGGAUAAGUUAUCAAAGUUGGAUAUCGCUGUCGAGGAUCGCACCCGGAUCAAAGAGGCGGUAUCUGGACGCGCCAGAGGCUUGUUCCUGUUCGCAAACCUGGCAAUGGACGCCUUUCUCGAACCGAACGCCAAUGUCGGGCAGACCUUGGAGAGGCUACCGACGAACUUGAACUCCAUGUACGCCAACUUGCUUGAGGAACACGCUAAAGCCUCAGGGGUGCCCAACGACAUCCAGCGUCUGCUUUUAUGCUGGGCAACCCACGCAAUCCGCCCACUUCGUUUGAUCGAGAUGGCAGAAAUGCUACGCGUCACGUAUAACCUCACCGACAGCCGCGAUUUGCAGAGCGCCAAGUCUUUAAUACGAGUUGCAUGUGGACCGUUGCUCGAGAUCCAUCCCGAUGAGACAGUCUCGGUCGUACACCAUUCCUUGACCGAAUAUCUUGUUGGCUCGACACGGUCUGCAUCAGAUACGUCUUCAAUCCCGAAACUACUGCCGGGUCCAACACACGAAGAGCUGGCACUGUACUGCAUCCGGUACUUGGAGUUGUCCGGUUGCUUAGAUGAUGAUUCUGACACCGAAAGGACCGAGGACGACACCCCAUUUGUGUUUCGCAAUCCCCGGGCGCACAAUGGGCUCCGUCUCCGGUUUCCGUUCGCAGAAUACGCCUCCAAGAACUGGAUCAUCCACGCAGCAAGAGCCCUCGGCGACGGUUUGCCAUCGCCAUCUUUGGUCUCGGCCGUGGACGGUUUUCUGGUGCCGGGGAACAGGCUCGAAUACUGGCUCACAAUUGCGUGGUGGCCACGCGCGACCAUGGGCGUGACGACCAGCCACAUUGCAGCGCGUUACGGCCUAACGUGGUAUCUCGACCUCCUUCUCCGACGCGAAGGGCCGACAGUCGCUGCCACUAUCGAUUGCAAGGGCCAAACCCCGUUAUUUCACGCAGCCGAGGCGGGCCACGCCGACGCAAUCAAGCUGCUGGUCAGUGCCGGGGUCGAUCCUAACCCGAGCGACAAAUGCGGGCUGAAACCGCUACACCGCGCAGCUUCCAAUAACCAUCCCACUGUCGUGACCGUCUUGCUCGAUGCAGGGGUGGACCCUCUGACCGGGAAAACGCGCGAAAACCCAGGCAGGCGAUGCGGUCGCGCGCCGAGAACCACCGGCCACACAGCCCUCAUGUAUGCCUGUCAAGCGGGCCACGUUGAGGCCGUUGAGGCCUUUCUGCCGUACCUCGACGUCAAAAUAGUAUAUCUGGCCCUUUAUUGGGCUUCCAGGGCAGGCCAGGCAAAAGUAGUGAAGUGUUUGAUCCAACACCCCGGUGUAGAUGUCAACACUAAGAUCUAUGGGUUGACAACAUUGUUUAAUGCCUGCGCACAGAACGAUGUCGAGUCCAUCGAAGCGCUUCUUCGAGCCGGGGCAGAUGCUACCAUCCUUUGCUCUGCAUCGCCCUUCGAGUUCGCCGACUCUGCUAGUUCGCAAUACUUGUCCCAGGGCUCGGUGGCUCCCCUGGAGGCCUUCUGCGCCCCACUCCCCAGACGACCUCGCGACCCUACUUCAGAACCCGAAACAGGUGGUCUCCAACGCGGCCUUGGCCUGCUUUUGCAAGCCGGGGCAGACAUCAAUCGGCGCGACCGGAAUCUGAAAACGCCUCUGCACCAUGCUGCUGGCCGGCCAACGCUUCUUCGGCUCCUCUUACGCGCGGGUGCCGAUCCAAAUAGCGAGUUUCAGGACGGCUCCACGCUCCUCCACACCCAACUGAACGGGGAGGAAGGAUGGGAGAUCGUCAAGUUGCUCGUCGAGGAGGGAAAAGCAGAUAUCAACAAGCGCCGAGGGAAGGGCGGAGAAACCCCUCUCUUGGUUAUGCUUAACAGGCCAUGUGAUCUCAGUACCUGCCUUCGUUUCAUUCGAAGCUUUGGCCCUGAUUGCACCCUUCCGGACAAUGACGGCAAUACUCCCUUGCAUAAAGCGGUCUCACUCGGAGACAUCCCGCUUCGGGAUGAAGUAGUCCACGCCCUGCUCGCCGCGGGUGCGAAGGUCGACCAGCGGAACCACAAAGGCGACAUGGCAAUCCACGUAGCCGACGAUACGCAUUUAGUUGAGCUUCUCGUUAACGAAGGAGCGAACCUCGAAGCCCAGGACUAUGAUGGGAGGACGGUUUUAAUGCGGACGCUGUACCGCCGCCAGUCGCAUCCGCGAGAAAGGAGUAUAACUCAGCUCUUGGGGCUCGGUGCAAAGCUUGACACAAAGGACUUCAAAGGCCAUACCAUCCUUCACGUGCUUUUAAAAGACCUAUCAGACUAUAGCCCGAGGCACCGCGAAAAGGGCUGGGAGGAUUUCCAACAUUUCGUGAAGCUCGGAGUUGAUCCCACACAAGUCGACCAUGCUGGAAACACGCUCCUCCACGAGCUCAUGCGCCAGGGUCCUGAUGACUGCCUGUCGGUGUUCGAGUACUUGAUUGAAGAAGGCGUGGACCCAAACGCGGCGAACCACUGGGGUCACACGGUGUUCCAUGUUCUUGGGGCCAAGCACUGUUACGACAGGUCCUUGUUCGAGGCGGCGAUGGCAGCGUGCAAAAAGGAAACUCUUGAGCUUCCGGACCAAGAAGGCAAGCGCCCGAUACACCUUGCCGCCACAGUAUCGGCGGCCACCGUGGCCGCUAUGAUAGAAGCUGGCGCCGACAUUUCAGCUCCAACGUACAACGGUUCUACACCUUUGCAUCUCGCUACGGCGAAGGGAGAGAGCAAUGUGCUCGGCCUACUUCUCACAACGAUACGGACAACAAACCGCUACCCGCAAAGCGUAAUCGACGCAAGAGACAAAGAGCUGAGGACACCGCUCUACUACGCCUGCUUGUCGGGACAUCCAGAGGGUGCCGCUCUGCUUCUGAACGCUGGCGCCAAAGUCGAAGACCAGUUUCGAGAUCUCCUCCACGCCUGCUCCAGGUUUGAGCGGGAAGACCGCCGCCGCCAAACACAAUGGGCGAUUGAGAACGAGUUACCAUUGGACCCUCGGACGUUUGCCGACUUUGACAGGCAGGAUUUCCCAAACUUUAAUACGAGGUUGGACGAGAUUCUUGGUAUGCUCGCUGAACGUGGCCUGGCAAAGGAUGGUCCAGCACGUCAAUAUCUGCAGCGCUUUCUCCAGGACAUGGCUGACUCCGACUUGGAUUAUACCGUGUGUUUAUUCUCCCGCCUCGCCAGAACACUUUCCGGCGACGAACCUGAAACCGUGUACGCUCCGGCUGAGUCGGUCUUCACUCGCCGGUGCGCCGAGAUACGACGCGAAGCCGCUACGCGUGCCUUCCACGAGGUCGUUCUCGAUACCCUUGCGAAAGGAGACAACAGGCUGCAGGAGAAGUUAUUCUUGCAGCUUCUCGGGAACCGCGAGUUUGACCUGGUCGAGGCCGCAUCCGAGGCGCUAGGCUGUGAUCCGUGUGCAACUGGCCAAGGCGGCCGGACGCUGUUCCACGCCUUGGUUUCCCUCGGACACGCCUCGUUGCUAGCCAGAAUCGCGACGCAAGAACAUAUUGCGACUGUUGAAAAUGACGAGUGGCUCAAGAGCUGGAAACCAUGCGGGGGUGACACUCCGCUUGUCCUUAAAGCUUGCAUGCGUGACGCUCCUAACAUGGAAGUGCUACGGGUCUUGGUAGAGAAAUUAAACGCUUCUGUAACGUUGAAAUCACCUCUGCAUUUCCUGGCACUGGGGAAACAGUGGUGGCAUGUGCACGAUGCCCUUCCGUAUCUCCUCUCGCGCGGUUCAGACCUCGAGGUUCGCAAUAAGGAUGGCGAAACCGCCCUACACGUCGCUCUGGAGGACGGAGACUACGAAAGUGGCCCGUUCCAAAAACAAGCGGCGAGGGCCCUCAUCUUGGCUGGCGCAAACGUCAACGCCGUUACGAAGUACGAAACCAGCUGUCUUGUCCGGGGAGUAAACGAUGUCGAAUCUGUCCGGCUCUUGAUGGCCCACGGCGCCAAGGUGAAUGCCUCAGCCGUGUUCGCGGCCAUCUGGAAGAGGAAUGUCGGCGUCUUAGAAACGCUGUUGUCUUCGGAAAACGCGGAUCGACAAGAAAGCGGACCCCGGCUGGACGAGGAGCUGCUACGCGACUACGAGCUGGAUCAGGAACAGCAUGCGCUACAUCGCGCCGCGACAGCAAUGCGGGGGGCUUGGAAGGGCGACAAGCGAGGAGAGCGAGAGCACAAUGCCUGUGUUAGUAUGGUGAGGCUGCUCUUGGCUCGCGAGGUAGACCCCUACAGCAAGGUCAGGGUUCGAAAGCCCGACAGUUCGCCCGCAGGUACAACGCCGUGGAUUUCAUCUGAGGACGAGGACGACUCGGACGUGCCCGGUAGGGGCUCCUUCAAUCGGCCGCAUAAGCGAGGCUACGAACGCCGUGCGGUGGCCCACCAGGUUCUCCGGGACCAUGGCAUAUUCGGCCCGUUCCUCGAGCUCCAACAUCUUGACCUCGAACAUCGCGACAGCAACGGCCAGACUCUCCUCCUAGCUGCCUGUAGCCAUCCCGCAACGUUUUGCAGCCAUGUGGAUUUGUCCAACCAAGACCAAGACGACCCCGAACCCACGCUACUGAUCGACAUUCUACUAAAACGUGGUGCUGACCUCUCGGCGCGCGAUGACCACGGUCGUAAUGCUCUGCACACUGCUUUCCACGCUGUGAUGAUGCGCCAGCUCUACACAUCGCCCGAUAUAUUUGACGAACCACUCAACUCGCUCCUCGGCCCAGAUCCAUUAAAUUCACUCCUGAACCAAGUGGACAAUAUGGGAAAGACCCCUCUUCACUACGCGCUCGCCGGGCUAUGGGGUAACUGGAACCAACAGGGGAUUAGCGAACAUGCCAUCACCCUUCUACUUUCCGCCGGCGCCGACCCAGGGAGCAUCGACAGCUCGUCCAGCGACAGCGCACUUCACAUCCUUGCCCGCCUGCUGGUGUGGAAUCACACAGCCUGUCCACAACUGUUCCGGCGCUUCCUCGCGCUCGGCCUCGAUAUCAAUGCGAGGAACCACAAAGGGGAAACGCCGCUUUUUGGGCUACUACAGGGGCCAAAGAUCGAUGAUAUUCACCAUGACGAAGUGGCGCGAGAGUGGGCCCCUGCGCAGGACCAGGCGUGGGAAGUGUUGGUCGAAGCGGGGGCGGAUUUCAGGGCUAAGGACAAUGAAGGACGAAAUAUGCUGCAUCUCGCGGCGCGGCGUGGGGAGUGGGCUGUGGUGUAUAGAAGGCUGGUCGAAAAGGGGGUCGAUCCGAUGGAGUUGGACAGCAGACAGCGAACUAGCUUGGAUAUAGCAGCCGCAUGUCGGAAUGAGGCUGUCCUAGGAAUGUUCGAGACGGAAGGGGGCAUGAAGAAACAGGCCCAUGCCCAGAAGAGAAAGGUAGAUGGCCUCGAUCUUGACUAGGCCAGGACCUACAUUUCAUAGUUUGACUACGGGGUGACUUCAGGAGAUGGUAUCCUGAGUAGAGGUAGCGAGUGAGAAAAAGCACACCCGAAGCAUGUAUUAAUUCAUCCACCCAUACUUGUAUUACUUGUAACGCAGAACACGCUGUCGCACCCUCCGGGAAUGGCG